GCCCUGGUGGGCCUGGGUGGGCAGGGGCUGCCCCAGGGCCAGUGCAAGAGCCAGAAGCCGCCUGGCUCUCGGUGGGACAAGCCGAGCAGAUCUCAACACCCACUGCUGAUGAUAAUGUCACUGCCCAGCCCUCUGAGCGAGGCCCAAGCCCUGUGCACCAUUUCUUUUCGCCCUCCCAAUUUCCUGCUGGGAAGGCUACUGUUCUUAUUGCCAUCCACACUUUAAAGUCGAGGAGCUGGAGGCCCAGUGAGGUUAAGUGACUUGUCCCGCCGCACCCAGCUGGUAAGCUGCAGAGGCCGAACUCGAGCCCAGGCUCUGAUGGCUGCCCUCGUAAUCACAGCUGUUCCCACGAGACAAAAACGGGUGAUCAGUGAGAGGUAGAUGAGUGUGGGAAAAAGCUGGAAUGGGAGAGGGGAAAUGACAGAAAGAGAGGGUGAAGAGGGAGGGAGGGAGGCAGGGAGCACUGCCCGCCCAGCCGCACAGGAGCUCCCUUCCCUCCGGUCACUGCCUUAUGCCGCGGACAGCACCUUCCCUUCCGGCCGGCUGGCCCCGGGGCCCCGGCCCGUCCUCCGCAGAGGCAGCCCCUCGGCUUCCCGGGAAGCGCUCUUUCUCUGAUUGGCAUUGAAACGUACAGCCCUCCCUUUUCCUGUAGGUGGGGUUUCCAUAGGAAAAAGCUGCUUUUCUGUUUCCCCAGCUUAGCAACUGUUUGGAAGGCAGAUCCCCUCAUCCUGCUCCACUGGGUCAAGUCCCUCUCAGACCGGCUUCUGACCAUCAUUUGCUGAAGCGGACAAACGGGCGCCCCUAUGCAGGGUCUUCCCAGCGAUUUCACUUCAUCCGUGCUUGGACCGCUCAGGUCUCUUCAGAUGAAGAUGGCCUUGCCUGGGAAUCCCUCUCAUUCCAUCGUCAUCUAGUUAUGGGACGAGGUUGUGCCAGCAGGUCUGGGGGCAGAAGAACGGGGCAGAUCAAGCUCCCCAGGAAGCACUGGAGGACUUGCCCGGCCUUGAAGCACUCUAGUGGUUUCUGAAUCUAGCCGCUCUGGUGGUAAGCAUGAUGCGACUGCUGCCGUUCCUACUGGGGCUCUGGGGGCCAGGUGGCUAUUUGCUCCUCUCAGGGGACUGUCAGGAGGUGGCCACUCUCACUGUGAAGUACCGAGUAUCAGAGGAAGUGCCGCCCGGCACGGUGAUAGGGAAGCUGUCCCAGGAACUGGGCUGGGAGGAGAGGCAGGGGCCAGCGGGGGCUGCCUUCCAGGUCUUGCAGCUGCGUCAGGCCCUCCCCAUCCGGGUGGGCUCCAAGGACGGCCUGCUCAGCACCGGGACGCGGCUGGACCGAGAGCAGCUUUGCCGGCAGCAGGAUCCCUGCCUGCUUUCCUUUGACGUGCUUGCCACAGGGGAUUUGGCUCUGAUCCACGUGGAGAUCCAGGUACUGGACGUCAACGACCACCAGCCACGGUUCCCCAAAAAUGAACAGGAGCUGGAAAUCUCAGAGAGUGCCUCUCUGCGCACCCGGAUCCCCCUGGACAGAGCUCUCGACCCGGACACUGGCCCCAACACCCUGCACUCCUACACCUUGUCUCCCAGUGAACACUUCGCUCUGGAUGUCAUCGUGGGGCCUGAUGAGGCCAAACAUGCGGAGCUUGUGGUGGUGAAGGAGCUGGACCGGGAAAUCCACUCGUGUUUUGAUCUGGUGCUGACUGCUUAUGACAGUGGGAGCCCCCCCAAGUCAGGCACCAGCUUGGUCAAGGUUAACGUCCUGGACUCCAACGACAAUAGCCCUGUGUUUGCUGAAAGUUCGUUAGCACUAGAAAUCCGGGAAGAUGCCGCCCCUGGCACUCUCCUCAUAAAUUUGACGGCCACUGAUCCCGACCAGGGCCCCAAUGGGGAAGUGGAGUUCUUCCUCAGUAAGCAUGUGUCUCCAGAGGUGCUGCACACCUUCCACGUAGAAGCCAAGACAGGCCAGGUGAUCCUGCGUCAGCCCCUCGACUACGAGAAGAAUCCUGCCUACGAGGUGGAUGUCCAGGCAAGGGACCUGGGUCCCAGUCCCAUCCCAGCCCAUUGCAAAGUUCUCAUUAAGGUCCUGGAUGUCAACGACAAUGCGCCGAGCGUCCAUAUCACGUGGGCCUCCCAGCCAUCCCUGGUGUCGGAAGCUCUUCCCAAGGACAGUUUCAUCGCUCUUGUCAUGGCAAAUGACUUGGACUCAGGAAACAAUGGUCUGGUCCACUGUUGGCUGAGUCAAGAGCUGGGCCACUUCAAGCUGAGAAGGACGAAUGGCAACACAUACAUGCUGCUAACCAACGCCACGCUGGACAGAGAGCGGUGGCCCAAAUAUACCCUCACUCUCUUGGCCCAAGACCAAGGACCGCAGCCCUUAUCAGCCAAGGAACAGCUCAACAUCCAGGUCAGUGAUGCCAACGACAACGCCCCAGUGUUUGAGAAGAGCAUGUACGAGGUCUCCACUAGGGAAAACAACCUGCCCUCCCUCCACCUCCUUACCAUCAGGGCUCACGAUGCGGACCUGGGCAUUAAUGGAGAGAUCUCAUACCGCAUCCAGGACUCCCCAGUCUCUCACUUGGUAGCUAUUGACUCAGACACAGGAGAGGUCACUGCGCAGAGGUCACUGGACUAUGAACAGAUGGCCAGCUUUGAGUUCCGCGUGAUCGCGGAGGACAGGGGGCAGCCUCAGCUUGCAUCCAGCGUCUCUGUGUGGGUCAGCCUCCUGGAUGCCAACGAUAAUGCCCCAGAGGUGACUCAUCCCAUACUCAGUGAUGGAAAAGCCAGCCUCUCCGUGCUCGUAAAUGCCUCCACAGGCCACCUUCUGGUGCCCAUUGAGACUCCCAGUGGCGUGGGCCCAGUGGGUGCCGACACCUCACCACUGGCCAUCCACGGCCCCCGGCCAUUCCUUUUGGUAACCAUUGCAGCGAGAGAUGCAGACUCCGGGGCCAAUGGAGAGCUCCUCUACAGCAUCCGGAGUGGGAAUGAAGCCCAGCUCUUCGUCCUCAGCCCCCACCUGGGGCAGUUGUUCAUCAACACCACCAAUGCCAGCAACCUCAUUGGGAGUGAGUGGGAACUGCAAAUAGUGGUAGAAGACUGUGGCAGCCCCUCCUUGCAGACGCAGGCCCUGCUGAGGGUCUUGUUUGUCACCAGCGUAGAUCACCUGAGGGACUUGGCCCGUGAGUCUGGGGCGCUGAGCACCUCGGUGCUGACGGCGGUUUGCCUGGUUGUGCUGCUGGCCAUCUUCGGGUUGAUCUUGGCUCUGAUUGCGUCUAUCUGCCGCACAGAGAAGAAAGACAACAGGGCCUACAACUGUCGGGAGGCUGAGUCUACUUACCGCCACCAGCCCAAGAGGCCCCAGAAACACAUCCAGAAGGCAGAUAUUCACCUCGUGCCCGUGCUCAGGGGCCAGGUGGAUGAGCCCGGAGGAGGUGGGCAGCCCCACAAGGAUGCUGGCAGGGAAGCAAUGAUGGAAGCAGGCUGGGACCCCUGCCUGCAGGCCCCCUUUCACCUCACACCGACCCUGUACAGGACCCUGCGUAACCAAGGCAACCAGGGAGUGCAGCCAGAGAGCCGAGAGGUGCUGCAGGACACUGUCAACUUCCUCUUCAACCACCCCAGGCAGAGGAAUGCCUCUCGCGAGAACUUGAAUCUCCCUGAGCCCCAGCCUGCGACCGGUCAGCCACGCUCAAGGCCCCUGAAGGUCACGGGCAGCCCCACAGGGAGGCUGCCUGGGGAGCAGGGCUGCGAGGAGGCCCCGCUGAACUCACCAGCCUCCUCUGCAACCCUGAGGCGGCAGCGGAAUCUCAACGGCAAAGUGGCCCCUGAGAAAGAGUCAGGCCCCCGUGAGAUCCUGCGGAGCCUGGUCCGGUUGUCUGUGGCUGCCUUCGCAGAGCGGAACCCCGUGGAGGAGCUCACUGUGGAUUCUCCUCCUGUUCAGGGAUGGUACCUGAUCUCACACCCGUAUCUGCUCCUCUGCAUCCCAGAUAACGUUCCCGGUGCCAGGCUUCCUGCUCAAGGCACACUUCUGUUUGGCCAGGCCAUCAGCUCAGGUUUCCUGUGGCGCAAGGAUGCAGCUUCCUUCCCCAGGAAGCCACCUGAGGGGACCCAGCUGCUCUCUGAGGAGCCUUGCCCUGGGCUGUAUACAGACCCAGAGGUUGCCCAGAGCCAUCAUUCCUUCAAGUGCUUACUAAGUGAGUUCUUUGUGCCAAACACUGUGCUCGUUGUUGGUGAACAGACAGCGGACAGCAGGCACCGUGGGUGACCCCACCGUGGUGAUGGAAGGAAGGCGGCCUGGUGGGGAUCUACUAGAAAGUAAGAGGCAGCCUGCCUAAAUGCUCAUAUAUUCCUAGAAGCACAGUGCCACGGUGGAUUUGGAUCGGGGUCCAAAUUCAAAUUCCAGCCCUGCCAUUAAUAGCUUUGUAGAGCCUGUGAGCCUCAGGUUUCACUUCUGCAAAAUGGGUGUGGUGGAAUCUUCUCCCUUGGG